AUGAUCACCACGUACAGUGCUUCUCAACUUCCCGUCUUUGCGAUUGCUUGUAAAAUCGAGAGUAAUUUGGCUAGAAAAAUAACAAUCCGCGCAUCCAUCUCAAAGUGUCCGCAACAGGGCGCCAUAUUUUCGACAUGGUACAGUAAUUCCAUCGCAACUCCAAAACGCCGACAAAUGAUCAUGGUAUCGGUGGGUAAUCGUAGGCUCGAGCCGAAACGGCAGCGCAAAAGGCAGCGCUUCUCCAGCGUGAGGUGA